AAAUUUUUUGUCUUAUGCAAAAUGUUUUAUGUCUCACAUUAACACACCAGCAGUUUAUGUUAAUGUGAGACUUCUUAAAAUGGGUUUUAAAGAAUCCAUGUCCAGUGCAGGACGAUCUACUUCAGAUUUAACAGGUCUAAUUAUUUGAGUUUUUAAAUUAUUCGUUCAAAUGAAAUCCAGAUUUCUUGAAAACACAUCAAGUAGCAUUUUCAAUGUCCUUUGUAAACUUUAGCGUACGGAAACACUUCCUGUAGUAAUUAGAUUGUGAAUAACAAAUGAGAAUUGUCUAUGAUGCUGAAAAGACUGCUUGUGAUGUCUAACACCAUGUAGCAUCCUGGUGGGUGAGCCAUAUCUCCUAGAUCUAAAAUGCCUCUUUACCUCAUCCAGCAUAGGAAUUUUUAAUCUGCACUCAUGUUAUGUCUUCUUGGUCAUAUACAUUUGCUUUGUGAUGAAAAAACACGUGUGGGAUGACAACGCAUGUAAUCUCUGACUGAGGUAUAAGAAUGUCAGGUGUUGCAAUAGUAUCUGUAAUGUUUGGGGUGUGACGCAAUUAAAAUGUUAUUUUUUGUUGAAAUGUCAGUGUCAGAACCCAGAUUUCAGGCCACAUGAGCAGUAAUCCUUACUUUUGUACAAAAUACUGGCUCCCAGCAGAGAACAGAGCUGGAAUGUAAUAAUCCACCGAGAAACAGGCUUUAGUUUCCCAACAUCAGCUCUCUGAUUCUUUAUUCUGUUCAAACAGGAUCUCAAGAGUUUUUACUGUUCUGCUCUUUAGAUUGUACUAUUAGUUCUGGUUUUGAUUUUUUUAAAACAAGUCAAAAGAUGGGGAUGGACUCAGAGGUGAACAGUUCUGGUGAUGUUGCACCAUACGGAGGAAAAAGUGCUUUCAGCCAAAUGGAGCACAACAUCGUGGCUGGAUAUCUGAUAACUGCAGGUGUCAUCAGUUUGGCCAGUAACAUCGUAGUUCUGCUGAUGUUUGUAAAGUUCAGGGAGCUCCGCACAGCCACUAACUUCAUCAUCAUCAACCUGGCCUUCACUGACAUUGGAGUGGCUGGUAUUGGUUAUCCUAUGUCUGCUGCCUCAGAUAUUCAUGGAAGCUGGAAGUUCGGCUACACCGGAUGCCAGAUAUAUGCAGCCCUCAACAUCUUCUUCGGCAUGGCCAGCAUCGGCCUACUGACUGUGGUUGCUAUUGACCGCUACCUCACCAUCUGCAGACCAGACAUCAGUCAGAAAAUGACUGCUAGGUCUUACAACAUCCUUAUUCUGGCUGCCUGGCUGAAUGCUGUGUUCUGGUCCUCCAUGCCUAUAGUAGGCUGGGCAAGUUAUGCCCCUGACCCCACUGGAGCAACAUGCACAAUCAACUGGAGACAAAACGAUGCCUCCUUCAUCUCCUUCACGAUGGCGGUGAUUGCAGUAAACUUUGUGGUUCCUCUGUCUGUCAUGUUUUACUGCUACUACAAUGUGUCUGUCACCGUGAAGAGGUACAAAACAAGUAACUGCCUGGAAAGCAUCAACAUCGACUGGUCUGACCAGAUGGACGUUACCAAGAUGUCUAUUAUAAUGAUCAUCAUGUUUCUGGUUGCCUGGUCUCCCUACUCCUUGGUUUGCCUCUGGGCAUCAUUUGGUGACCCAAAGACCAUUCCUGCCCCGAUGGCCAUUAUUGCUCCUCUCUUCGCAAAGUCCUCAACGUUUUACAACCCCUGCAUCUAUGUUAUUGCCAACAAAAAGUUCAGGAGAGCCAUCACUGGGAUGAUUCGAUGUCAAACAAGGCAAAGGAUUACAAUCAGUACACAGGUUCCAAUGACAAUCUCCCAGCAGCCUCUGACCCAGUAAUUUAAGGCCUAUAUACCUAAUCUAACUAUAUAGCUAUUUAAAUGUACCUACAUUAAAACCUUAAAAUAAACAUUUAUGUAAUCCAUUUAACAGUA